UCUCCCUCCACUCGCAGUCUCGCUCGUGGGGGAAUCCGUAGAUUGAUAGCCACCACUGCAGGUAGGAGGAGGAGGAAAGGAAAGCAAACCCGGGGGGCAAAAACACAAUCUUUCUCUUUUCUUCUCCUCCUUCCUUCCCUAUCUGUCUCCUGCGAGAUUCAUUCGUAGGCGGGCGGACGGGCGGACGGGCGGGCGGUAAUGCCAAUCCCCUGCCCAGUUCUUGCGUCUGGGUGUGGCAAUCCGCGGCAGUAGACCUUUCUUUUGAUUCGUCUGUUUGUUUGUUCGUUCGUUCGUUCAUUCAUUUAUCCCCCGUAACGGAAGACGACCAACUGAAUCGGAACUGAACGUAAAUUUAACCACCAAUCUGCGGCGACAAAGGCCUGGUUUUGAUUGGGGUGUUCCGGUGGGUUUGCGAGCCCGAUCGCGGCGAUGGCGCCGCCGUCCAUGGACUACUGGGUCGGCUUCUUCCGGGGAGCCGGCGAGAACAUCUUCGCCGCCAUCGACGCGGCCAUCGACGUCGCCGCGUCCGACCACCCCGCCGCGCUCCGCGCCCGGCGCGACGCCAUAGCCGAGCGCCUCUACACCGCGCUCCUCGUCGCCUCCUCCGGCGGUCCGCCGCCGGCCUCGGCGGCGGCGGCGGCGCGGCCGCAGGCGGGGCCGCCCGCCUCCGAGCCGCAGCCGCAGGGGCAGCUCCUCCCCGAGGGCGCCGGCAGCGUGCCCAGCCUCUGCAGCUCCGACCGCGCCGAGGCCAUCACCGACGACGGCGCGCCCCGCCGCGGCGACGACGACGCUGCCGUCGUCGCCGAGGCCGAGCGCAUCAAGGCUGUCCUCCUCAACCACCAAGAAAAGUCCGAGGCCGCGCUGCUCGAGCUGCUCCGGCGGCUGCAGCAGCUCGAGUUCACGGUGGACACCUUGAAGGUCACUGAGAUUGGCAAGGCUGUGACCAGCCUCCGGAAGCACAGCUCCAAGCAGAUUCGCCACCUCGUCCGCUUGCUCAUCGGGGGUUGGAAGAGUAUAGUUGACGAGUGGAUGAGCAGCGGAGGCGGCGGAGACGCCAUUGUUGAUCACACCCCUCAGUCCAUGCACCCUUCCAGUCUGGAGCAGGAAGACCGGGGACUCUCAACUCCUUCCAUGGACGACGGCUCACUCUUCGCCACGCCGAGCACUUCCAUCCGUCUCUCCGAGGACAACCAGGGUUCUAGAAUGUUUGAUGGAAUGGAUGAUGAUGGAAAUACAAGGAACAGUGGGCAGCGAUAUCCGGGGAACCAAGAACCGAUUAGAAGGCCACCGCAGCCAGCAGCACAGCAGUAUGACCGUGACCAGAGCUGGAGGCAAGAACAAUCUGCAGCAAGGCAGUCACGGCCUCAAGAACUGACCAACGGGCAAAUGAGGGAGCAGUUCAUCGCGACCAUGCUCGCGAGGCCCUCAUCAUGUGCUGAGUCGGGUCCUGGGAGACCUCAAGUGAGGCCUAAGCAGCAGCAAGGUGCCUUGUCCGCUCAGGGCAAACCGCAACCAGCGCCGUCUGAUAAACCGGCGGAUGCAAACUCGAUUCGAGCAAAGCUGGAUCUCGCGAAGAAUGCAAAGUUAGAAAUGGCCACUAAUUCGAAGCUAGACGUGACAAAGCGAAAGCUCCAGGAAGGGUACCAAGAAUUUGAUAACGCAAAGAAGCAGAGAACUGUACAGAUGAUGGAUCCACAAAGUAUGCAGAAGCAAGGGAGCAACAGGAACUGGCAACCCAAUUCCAAUACAAAACCAAGGAAUAACGGCAACAACACCAACAACAACCGGAAUUGGCCGAGAUGAGGCGCUAAUUCCAUUCGUUGCCACUCAAAUACCUUCGUUUCUUCUUCGCCCUGAGUCAUUAGUCCAGCCCGGUACAUAACUACAGCAAAUAAGGCUUCUUGCUUCCUUUGCGAACUGCUUUCAUCAAUCGUCAGUGCCACGCAGAACACUGCCGUGAGUGCUGUCUGUGCAUGUCUGACUUUGUGUUCUUCGAUAAUGGGGCUGGCUGGCUCGCCUAGUUUCUGUCAAAAACCUGUAAAGAUAGCGAUGAGGUUGUGAUAGUACUAAUUGCUGUUUGUUUCCUCGGAUGAAAUGCAAACGGUUCGCCAGAGUUUUACCGGAA